UGCGUGGCCACGCCCAGGCCCGCCCUGAGACCCGGCGGUGCGCAGACGCUGUGCUUUUCCGGAAGAGGUCGGAGUGGGGUCCCGCCGCAUCACGGCGGGUGGGUCGCUGGACUUGCCCGAGCGGCUGAGGCGGCGGAGGGGUGGCCCCUCCACUUUUGCACCCAAUCAGAUGCCUUGCCUUCAGGAUCCCAGCCUCUCAGAGCACGUGCUGGACCUGCGCCCGGACUGGCCCGGGCUCUUCAGCCAAGCAGAAAGCCCAUAAGGCAGCUUUAACUAAAGAUGACUUCCUUGUUCGCUCAAGAAAUUCGCCUUUCUAAAAGACAUGAAGAAAUAGUAUCACAAAGAUUAAAGUUACUUCAGCAAAUGGAGAGUGAAUUUGAAGAUCAAAACAAGGAAAAGGCAUCUCAGAUUCAAGCAGCUGAGGCUGCUUUUAAAAGGAACCUUCGCCUUUUAAAGGAUAUAGAAGCCGCAGAAAAGUCUCUGCAGACCCGGAGUCACCCACUUCCACCACCUGAAGUGGUGUCUCUUGAGACUCUUUACUGGGCAUCAGUGGAAGACUAUAUUCCCAAAUGGGAACAGUUUCUUUUAGGAAGAGCACCAUAUCCUAUUGGUGUUGAAAAUCAAAAUGAAGCAGAAAAUACCAUUCGGAACAAGGCACAGUGAUAAGUUCUUCUCAUACUAGCUUUAAAAACGUGUUUAGUAAAGCUGAAUAUUAAAGAAUCUGCAGGCCGGAGGAACCGAGUAUGUGUUUAUGCCUCAUCACCUCCUCAAUGACAGUAAAGACAUGAGAAUCUACGGGCCAGUCUCAGAUUGUCCCUUAGAGACCCACUACUAUCUCAAGGUCAUGAAUUUGCUUUCGACCAAAUCCAUGCAAGCAUUAGAAACUGAUAUUGGAAGGCAGACUGCUGAUUAAAUAAAUUGCUAAAUUAGU